AUGAAAUUCAACUGCAGUGUAUCGUCCUCGAGGAGGAAGAACCGUAAGCGCCAUUUCACAGCACCUUCCCACAUACGUCGGCGGCUCAUGUCUGCUCCUUUGUCCAAAGAGUUGAGACAAAAAUAUAAUGUUCGUUCCAUGCCAAUCCGCAAAGACGAUGAAGUACAGGUUGUCCGUGGUCAUUACAAAGGCCAACAAGUUGGAAAAGUAAUCCAAGUUUACCGUAAAAAAUUCACUGUAAUUGUCAAAUUGAAGAUGGACAAAGACCGUAAAAACAUUAUCGACAGGCGAAGCAAGGGACGUGCUGCUGCGCUGGGCAAGGACAAGGGCAAAUACACUGAAGAAACCACCUCUGCUAUGGAAACAUCUUAA